GUAACUCAGCUGGUGCGGUGCACGAAUCGUUCGAAGUUUUCAGGUGCAAAGAAAACGCUUGCGGAACGGCGUUUGGUAGACGGAAAACCAUGGCUACCCUUUUGCCCAAACCUAUCGACCCAGAAGAAGCUGCUAAAAAGGAGAAUGCCACCAAAACGGAGGGAAUAUUCUUUCCCGGGUCCGACUUGGACGAGGUGGCUAAACAUUUCAUUGGCAACAUUCACCGUUAUCGAGAAAACAUUAUCAUACCGAAAAUGUACGGAGUGGUACAGAUAAAAACCAACGAAGAAAAGCUAGUGGAAGCCGCCUUCGAGAGCUGUGCAUUCAAAUCGUUCAUGAGCUGUGUGCUGGGGUACGGUUUGGGUGCAGCGAUUGGUCUGUUCAGCUCCUCGGUCAAUCCCAGCAUUGCCGAUCCGAUGGCCGGCGAUAAGCAACAAACGGCGAAGGAAAUUUUUCGGGAAAUGCGCCAAGCGACGCACUCGUAUGGUAAAAAUUUUGCCGUCAUUGGAGCAGUGUUUGCGGCGGUAGAGUGUGUAAUCGAAUCGAAACGUGGCGUCUCGGACUGGAAGAAUGGAACCUAUGCUGGAGCCGUGACCGGAGGAUUGAUUGGCCUGAGAGCUGGAGUGAAGGCUGGAAUAAUCGGUGCCGCUGGUUUUGCCGCAUUCUCCACAGUUAUAGAUUACUACAUGAGACACAGAUAAGAACCAGACGAAUGGCCGGGAGAGAACAAAAACAUAGUUAUAGAAUCCCCAGACACACCAUAUGGUCUGGUAAUAUUAACGUAAAAUAAAUAGUUGUUUUGGUUUAACAAGUUGAAA